ACUAUAUUGCUUAAUCCAUCUUUAAAUAUGUACUAUGCUAAUAUAAUAUACUAUGGCCGAUUUAUUGAUGAUAUAUUCAUAGUAUUUAAAACAACUGAGGCCGCAGUAGGAUUCUCGAAUUGGAUUAACACUAUACAUACGUCUAUUAAGUUUACCAGUCAUCUCAACCUGUCACAUAUCAAUUUUUUAGAUGUUACUGUGUAUAAAUAUCAUAACAAACUGUUGGUCAAGAACUUCAGAAAACCAUCAGAUAAAAAUUCUUUUCUUCAUUAUAACAGCUUCCACCACUUUGGUUUAAAGACCAAUCUUCCAUUUUCACAACUACUUAGACUAAAGCGUAACUCAAGCUCUAAUGAACACUUCAUUCAUGAAAGCCUGACCUUAAGCCAGGAGUUUAGAAGUAGAGGCUAUCCUAAACAUGUCAUCAAAAAGGCAUUAAUUAAAGCUGAAAAAACUGAUAGAACCACCCUACUGAAAGAAUCUGCUAAACCAACUAAAAAUCAAAUUAUCUGGACACAAGAAUUAUCGCAUUACUCCAAACACAUAAUCCAAAUUAUAAAAAAGCACUGGCAUCUUCUUCAAGAUAUUUCAGGUUGUGAUAAAUUACCUAUUUUUGGAAACAGGCGUACUAAAAAUAUUAGAGAAUAUUUAAUCCAUACAGAUUUAAUCACUCCCAUUAGUACACCGAAGAGCACCCUGAGAGGCCAUUAUCCUUGUGGUCACUGUAAGUGUUGUCCUCAAUCUUGGAAGACUAAGGAGAUAUAUAAUCAUAGGAACAAAGUGGGCACCACACUAAAACAUUUUUCUACUUGUAAUAGCAGCAAUGUAAUCUACCUCUUGACAUGUGACUGUGAUCUCUGGUAUAUCGGAAAAACAACCAGAUCCUUGAGAAUCAGAAUCUCUGAACAUAAAUCCAGAAUCAAAAAUUUAUCUACAGAAUCUCUUUUAUAUUCACACUUCACCCAAUACAAACAUUCAUCUACCUCAUUUAAAUUUUGUGCUCUGGAAUGCAUCUCUCAAAAACCUUUCAUGGACUUGGAAAAACUAUUAUCCCAAAGGGAAAUGUACUGGAUCUUUAAGUUUAAAACCUUUUCCCCUCAGGGACUUAAUGAAUCACUUAAUUUUAGCUGUUUCCUUUAAACCUUCAAGUACUCUUUAAAAACCUUUGAAUGAACCUCCAGAAUUACUCGCAGUUGAAAUCACCACAAGCAGAGUCACUCAGUGAAAGCAUUUAGCACUAUAUAGAAAUUCAUUGUUGCUGAGUUUAACAACUCCUGAAGAAGGGGUUUUUCCCUGAAACAGGGUCAAAAAUACCCGGGACCCCUGUAGACUUGGGACUUUAUUUGGACUUUACUUUUGAAGACUUUUUUGAGAGCGGUGCUCCAUCAUUAUUUUCUUCAAUCCAGUAUACAGCAACACGACCAACCAUCUGUUUGGAAGAUAUUUUCAUUGACUGUAUCCCUGAAGCCUAUAUAUAUUGGACCCAAUACCAGACUUGAACAACUUUUGUGUUAGAGCUGUUGCUCCUUUUCAUUUUGUUGGGUACGGCCAAAUUGAGCUUUGUACGGGGAACUGUAACAAUAUAUGUCAUUUGGACACAUUUUCUUUGUACAUAGACAAUCGUU